AUGGGGAGCCGACCCACGGAAAAGCGCCCCACAGCUAUGCCGAACAACGGCACCGACCCUGACCCCGACCCCGAGACCGGGGCGCAAUUCCACGAGAACCGAGAUGAGAUCCGGAAACCGGCACAGCACCACACAGACGGUUCUUUCGAUGGUUCCUUUGCGGGAACGUUGCGGAACAGGAGUGAGAUCUACAGUACGCCAUGGUAUCGGCGGCGUGACUACUUCUUGAGCGGAUGGACGGACGCUUCCAUCUGGAGAGCGGCUACUGUGGAGAUGGCGGCCACUGCCACCCAGGUGUAUAUCAGCGGGCAGUUCGCAGUCACGAUUAUGAAUUACCACAAUGCCCAGAUCGCCGCCUACGUGGGCAUCUACAACACACUGCUGCUGGCUGUGUUCAUCUACGCAUUUGCCCCUGCAUCUGGAGGCCACAUGAAUCCGCUUAUUACCUGGGCCACCAUGCUGUGCGGGCUUUGCCCGGCGUCCAGAGGUGUCAUCUACAUAAUUUUUCAAACAAUCGGCGGGGCCUUGGGAGGCGGCAUGCUCCUAGGCUCAUGGGGCAAGGCGAGAGCCGAUGCACACAUGGGCGGCGGGUGCUUCUUCGAUGCAUCGGAGAUUAGCAGCGGGCAGGUGCUGUUGACGGAGAUUGUGUGCUCAAUGACUUUGGUGAUCCUCGCAUACGGCACUGGCCUUGAUCCGCGGCAGAAGCAGGUAUUCGGCCCUCAACUAGGCCCACUGCUGGUUGGUCUCGCUCUCGGAAUCGUUUCGACGGCCACGACGGGCACAACUCCAGGAUACACAGGAGCCGGCGUCAACCCGGCGCGAUGCUUCGCGCUGUCCAUUGCCAGAGGUGGCUUCAAAGGCCACUGGAUAUGGUGGAUUGGUCCGGCGAUCGGCGGCUUAUGUGGUGCAAUGCUCUACAACGCCGCUCCUCCUUACCACUCUGACCACAAGAAGCAAUGA